AUGUGCGGUAUCUUCGCAUGCCAUUCUCACCCGGAUGUGAGCAAAUUCCGGCCCACUGCAAUCCGCAUGGGAAAGCAGCUCAAGCACCGCGGUCCCGAUUGGAGUGGUAACCACGUCGCCAACAACACCAUCCUCGUCCACGAGCGUCUCAGUAUCGUCGGACUCGACACCGGUGCGCAGCCAUUGGUUAGCGACGACGGCAACAUCGCCCUCGCUGUCAAUGGCGAAAUCUACAACCACAAGAUCCUGCGCAAGCAGCUCAAGACCCCAUACCCAUUCAAGACGCACUCCGACUGUGAAGUGGUCAUUCCUUUAUACCAAGAGCAUGGAAUUGAUGCGCCGAAGUUCCUCGACGGCAUGUUCAGCUGGGUUCUGCAUGACAAGAAGGAGGAUCGAUUGAUCGCCGCAAGAGAUCCCAUCGGUAUCACCACAUUCUACAUCGGACGAUCGUCCACGACUCCCGGCUCGGUGUACUUUGCGAGUGAGCUGAAAUGUUUGCAUCCCGUAUGCGACCAGAUCGAGAGCUUCCCGCCUGGCCACGUCUACGACAGCAAGACCGAUCAGCUUACGCGAUACUACGACCCUAAGUGGUUGGUGGAGCCGACCAACAUUCCUAGUACACCUUUGGAUCUUAAGGCACUGCGCGAGACAUUCGAGCGAUCUGUUCGGAAACGAUUGAUGGCCGAGGUCCCUUACGGUGUCCUCCUUUCGGGUGGUUUGGAUUCAUCACUGGUCGCAGCGAUCGCACAACGUGAGACUGUCCGUUUACAAAAGGAGUACGCGCGACAACAGGCGCUGAUCUCGUCGGGCACCAACUCUCCGGGCAUCGAUGGUGUCGCUGGACGUGCGAUUCCGCAGAAGGAUGGCACCGGAGAGGAUGAGUUGGCCGGUGUCGAUGAGAACUACCAUCUCAACUCAGUACCGGUUCUAUCACAAUUGAACAGUUUUUCCAUUGGUCUUCCUGGCUCUCCUGACUCGGUCGCCGCACUUGAGGUUGCGCGCUAUCUAGGAACCAAACACCACUCUAUGACCUUCACCAUCCAAGAAGGUCUCGACGCCCUCUUCGACGUAAUCUGGCAUCUAGAAACCUAUGAUGUGACCACUAUCCGUGCCUCAACACCCAUGUUCCUGUUGUCCCGCAAGAUCAAAGCCAUGGGCGUGAAAAUGGUUUUGUCGGGCGAAGGCUCCGACGAGAUUUUUGGCGGAUACCUCUACUUCCAUAAUGCGCCCUCGGCCGACGCCUUGCACGAGGAGACUGUCCGCCGUGUCAAAAAUCUUCACCUUGCGGACUGUCUGCGCGCCAACAAGAGUACUUCGGCCUGGGGUCUUGAGGCCCGUGUGCCCUUCCUGGACAAGCAGUUCCUCGAUCUCUCCAUGAACAUCGACCCCAAGGAGAAGAUGUUUGUGCCCGGGGAGCGAAUUGAGAAAUACAUCCUCCGAAAGGCAUUCGAUACCGAAGGCGAGCCUGGUGCGAAGCCUUAUCUGCCAAAGCAUAUCCUAUGGCGUCAGAAGGAACAAUUCAGUGAUGGUGUUGGAUACGGGUGGAUCGACGGGCUUAAGGACGAGGCAAAGAAGAUGGUUACCGACGAGCAGAUGGUGGAAGCCAACAUCCGCCGGGAGAAGCCUCACUGGGGCGACGACAUUCCGGAUUCGAAAGAGGCGUACUGGUACCGCACGAUGUUCGACGAGCACUUCCCGCCCUACUGCGCCAGCACAGUCAUGCGCUGGUCACCGGUGUGGUCCAACACCACGGAUCCCAGCGGUCGAGCCAUCGCGACUCACGAUGCGGCGUACAAGGCCGAGGAGAAGAAAUAG